AUGAACGAAGAACAAGUUGAUAAAAUAUACGAACUCAAGCAAGAGCUUGGAAGAGGUGCAUUCUCGAUUGUAUACCUUGCAGUUCACAGACAGACACAACAGAACUAUGCUGUCAAGGUGAUCAACAAGUCAGACUUGGGCAAGGACUAUGAGAAGAAUCUCAAGAUGGAGGUUGACAUCCUAACACGUGUCAAUCAUCCAAAUAUCAUCUCACUCAAGGAGUUGUUUGAUACACCAAACAAGUUGUACCUCGUUAUGGAGUUGGUCACAGGAGGCGAGUUGUUUGAUAAGAUCGUUGAGAAGGGAUCAUACACAGAGGCUGAUGCCAUUCAAUUGGUUAGAAAGAUCGUCUCUGCCGUUGAGUACCUUCACAACAUCAAUAUCGUUCAUAGAGAUCUAAAGCCAGAGAACUUGUUGCUCAAGACCAGUGGCAAUGACCUCGAGGUAGCCAUCGCCGACUUUGGUCUUUCCAAGAUCAUUGGACAACAGACCAUGAUGCAGACUGCUUGUGGAACACCAUCCUACGUUGCACCAGAAGUGUUGAACGCUACUGGAUACGACAAGGAGGUGGAUAUGUGGAGCAUUGGAGUGAUUACAUAUAUAUUGUUGUGUGGAUUCCCACCCUUCUAUGGUGAUACCAUUCCAGAGAUCUUUGAAUAUAUUAUGGAAGGAAACUUUGAUUACCCUGCCGAGUACUGGGGUCACAUCACACCCGCUGCCAAGGACUUUAUCAACCAUCUGUUGGUCGUCGAUGUCAACUCUAGAUUGACUGCCAAGGAUGCCCUCACUCAUCCAUGGCUGAACAGCACUAAUGCACCAACCACUGCUCUGACGGGAGUUCAUGACAAGAUGAAGGAGUUCAACGCAGAGAGACAGAAGACUCUUACCAAACUACGUGGAAUCUAA